GCGGUUUGCUCGUGCUCCGUGCUGUUCUGAAACUGGUACACAUAACUGCUGCAUCUUAAAUUGGCCAAGCCGCUGAAGUCGUAAAUUUUUCCAGACAUAGACAGUAAAAACGAUAUUACAUAGGGUGUGAAGCCAUGGCUGAUUCUGCGGAAGAUUACGAGUUCAUCGUUCUCGAAGACAGUCCGGGCACUUUUGAGGUUAAUAGUAGUCUUCUCGAGUUCAGGGACAACAGCAUUGUCAACUUGGUGAACAUUUCAAUCUUAGACGAGUCUGAAGAAGCAGAGAAACCAAAAGAGAGGCGAAAGAGGAAACGAAAAUCACCAAUUCGAUACAGACCUGUGUACGGACAAAAAUUGCCAAAAAAAGUGUCGAUAGUGCAAGACCCUGCGGAAAGAGGCCAAAAUGCAGAUGCCCAGGAGGAGACGGACAAAGACCAAACAGUCGAGGAAGAGCCCCCGCCAGAUUGGUAUCAAUUCAAUCCAAACUUUCGGCUGGUCGACCUCAAUUUGAUGGCAAAAAAACUGUGGUGCGAGCCAUGUUCUGAGCCACUGUCGCUCAGAAAUUGUGUCGAAGACAAGCAAAGACUGUACAAUUCUGAGAUCAGAGUCAAGUGCCACAAGUGUUCAGAAACGGUCGAGUUCCCUUUGACGUGGCUGUCGCCAACCGGCAGUUUAUCAGCGUAUCGCAGACCAGGCAACAUGAACAACACAAGUCAGAGGAAUAGGAAACUGGGCUCUAAAUGCUCAGAACUGAAUGAGGCGCUUGGCUUCAAGUUCCCCGUUGAGGCUAAAUCAGGAAGCAACAGUUCCGACUCGGAAGACAGCGAAACAACGUUAGCACCUGCACUACCUGCAGAAUAUGUUUUGGUGGAUAAUGAAAAUGACUCUUUGAGCGCAGAUUCGGUUGUCAGUGAACAAAGUCAAUUAUCUGGUACGGACGUAAGGAGUUGAGUAGUUUUGACAUUAAACCUGGAUCACUAAAUGAUUAUCAAAGUUUUGAAUAAAAUUGGGUCUGCAGUACCAAUAAAGAAUGGAAACUAA